ACCCAAUUCUGAUUUCAAUAGUUGUAGUUUGAGUUCAUAUUAGACUAGUAAGCUCAUAUCUUUCAAGAGAUUUCCGAAAAGUAGUGGUUAAUAGUAGAAGAGUAACGGUGUUUUGAAAUUGUUUCAUAAUGAGUAAAACAGAUCAAGAUGAGAAUACCCUAUUUAUACCCAAGAAAAGGAUAUUGGGAGUAUCUCAGAAGGUCAAUCAGAUAAAGAAACAGAAGUCUAGUCGAAUGGCAUCCUUAGAGUUCGAUAUGGUGAGAAUCCCCAGUGAUAGCAGACCCAAACAACCAUCGAGAAUUCCAUCGCUUAAUAAUAAUACUACUUCUACUACUAAUGCUAAUACUAGAACUACUAAUAGUAAUGAUAAUGGGUUAAGUAAUAUACCUCGACCAACAUUACCCAUACAACAAAAUACCAGUGAAAUCCGAAAUAAUCCUUCGUAUAAUUUUUCGUCUAUUCAAGCUUUACUUAAUAAGAAGGGUCCCGUACUAAGACCUCCAACCCAUCGAAGUUCUAGUUCACAUUCUAAUUCAAAUUUAAUUCUUAAUCCAAUAUUUGAUAUUGAAUAUUAUCAUGAUCAAGAAGUUCAAUUAGAUCAACAACUCAAUGCUAAAUUAGUUGAAUUUAGAAAUAUUGAUAAUGAAGUUAGUGAAUUAAGAAGAGAAAAUAAUAAGUAUAAAUUAAAGUAUGAUGAUAUUAAUAUGAAAGUUAUGGAGAAGAGUAGAAAAUUAGCUAAUUUAGAAGAAACAAUCACUUCAGAUGUAUCAAAUCAAGAAAAAUUAAUUAAUAUUGAUAUUCAAAGGUUUCAGACAAAAUUAAAGAAUGAAUUGAAUGAGAUAGAAUUUAGCUUAAAGAAUGAAUUAAAACAAAAUAAUCUAUUUAAAGAUGAAGAAAUUGAAAAGAAGAUUGAACAAUUACAAACUCAAGUUAAUACUCUUGAAGAAGAAUUAACAAAAUCAAGAUUAACUAAAUCGAAUGUAAUAGAAAGUGAAACAAAACAAUUAGAAGAUGAAUUAUGUAAAACCUUGGGAACCAAGCAAUCGGAAUUAAUUGAGAUAACGAAACAACUUGAACAAGUAGAGAAAGAAAGGGUAACUGCGGAUGAGAGACUAACAGGUUUAAAAUUACAAGUUAAGAAAGUUCAAGAAGAAAACUUUAAACUUGAACUGUCUAUUAUGGAACUUGAAACAACAAUGAAUAAUUUUAAUGAUACUAAGAAAGAUCUCCUUAGACAAAUUACAGUUCUUGAACAACAAUUAGGUGAAGUUAAACAACAAGAUGUUUAUUGGGAACAGAAAUUGAAAACGUCAAGUAGUGAAUUAGAAACUUUUAAUCAUAAAUGGAAUAAAUUCGAAAGCCAAAGACGAAUCUUAGAGAAUUCAAUUAUGAAUCUCGAAAGUAAAUCACGAGUAUAUGUUAAAAUUGAUAAUGAUAAUGAUAAUAGUAAUGAUAAUUAUAAUAGUAAUGAUAAUGAAGUUAAAUUAAAUAACAUGACAUAUCAAUUCAAUAAAUUAUUUACUAAUUCAGACACUUAUGAGACUAUUAUUGAUGAGUCUUGGCUAUUUUUACAAACAAUAUUACAACCAACAACUACAAAUAUAUCAUUAAUUUUAUCAGGUAAUGAUCAUAAUCAAUUCAUAUUAACUACCUUAAUAGAAACGUAUAAGAAAUUAGUUUCUAAGAGUAAUUCAUUAUCAAAUACAAUUCCUGGGAUAAGUCUUAACUUUAAGAGUAUAGCCAUAAAUCAACCAUAUGAACAUAUUCUUGACCUUUUAAAUUCCAAUAAUGAACUCUCCCAUUCUAUAGAUGAAGAAUGGAUAAUACCUAAUAUCCCAUCUCAAGCUAUGAAAUUAGAUUAUACCGAUAUUGAAUCUACUACACAUUUCUUAAAUAUUAUAUCCCUGAUUAUUGAUACUACCAGUACAGAUUCCAUUCAUAUGCAUAUAAUUACUGUCAAUAUCCCUCGAGAUAAUAUAAUUAUUGAGAAUAACUUAAUCUUUUAUGAUAUUACUAAAUUAUCUAAUCAAUUAUCUUUAUUACAGAAAUUAAACGAUCAUCAUUGGUCUAAUACAUUUAUGGAUAAGUUAAUGGGAUUUAUGUAUAAACAAAGCAAAUGUUUAUUAAUAUCGAAUUUAUCAUCAGAUAGUGAACAAGUCGAUGAAUGGCUCAGUGUAUUACUGACAAUAAAGAAGAUGGGAAAUAAGAAAUAAUGGUUAAUAUAUAUAAAGUAUAUUAUUAUAUAUA